CAUUUCUUCAUUUGCUAUUUUUGUAAAAUGUUGAACCUAUAAAAGCCAAAAAUUCUUGUGUAAGCCAACGAAAUACGAAAUUGUUUGUGUUAAGUAACAGAACUGAAACUGGGUAUUUAUCUGAAUGAAUUCGUAUUUAUUUAUUUGAAGUUUUAUUCCAAAAAUACUUGCAGAAUACUGUUAGGUACUUACCACAAUUUUAAAAUCAACAGAAGAGGGAUCGGUAUACUUAUAGAAUAGAAUAGAAUUCAUUUACUCACAAGAAAAAAGGUUACAAUUAAAGGCUGGUUUGUAAGAAUGGCUGCUAACACGAUGAUAUAUUAUAUAGUCUUACUAGCCAUAAACACUCUGCCGGGGCAAGCUCUACAAUGUUACCGCUGUGGAUCAACUUACUUAAAAGAACACGUGAUCCCAAUGGACACGUACUGCCACGACAUGUUUUCAUCUGACUGGACGCAGGGGCUGCCGCUCGGCUGGAGUUUCUUUCCCUCCGGCCAGUACUAUGACAUACGGGACGGAGUGUUGCACUACUACCAGAGCAACAUGACGAUGUGUGAAGGCUACUACCCAAACAACCAGCGGCCCUUCUGCUACAAGAGAUUCCUAGACGUUGGAGACAACUUCAUACAGCGCGGAUGUCACCAAGAGAUGACUGUUAAAACCCGAGAAGAUUAUAAAAACAUAGACAAAACUUCCAUAUCUUGGAAGUUAAGGAGAAUACAGAAAGUUCUGGUCGAUCGUAUGGAGAGAACGGGAGAGAAGUCAGCGUGUCUGUCGAGUACAUCGCAGAUUUUAACUAAAUUUAAUAUGGAAGUUACCAUGCCUGUGUACUACCAUGUGUGUUUGUGUACUAGUGACUUUUGUAAUGGAUGCGAGAGGGUGGUGAUGUACUGGGUAUGUUUUGUUGUGGUGGUGUUCAAAAUUGUCGCGGAUUACACAUGUUUUUAACAUUUAAAUAAA